AUGCAGUGGAAGAAGAAUACAUGGAGUGAGGGAGGUUCGGACGCAACUGUCAUCGACGGUUCAGACGUGCACAUAGGCACAUCCGGGGGAAGUAAAGGCCAUGGUUGUCUCAUACGUCUCGCAUUGUCGCCGCGACUAACGGCGAGCGGUGGGGUGAAACAUGGCAGGGCGGAGCUUUCCGCGAUGGCGUUGCCGUUGCCCAUAGCAGAGCUCAAAAAGAACGGCAAGCUUGACUUUAGGUACCCGAGCGGAAAGCGGGCCUGGCGACAGCUGCGGCUUGCCUUUCCCGGCGAGGAUGCAGCCCUUGUGGAGGAGCUCGGCGUACUUGUUUUGGCGCCGCGGUACAGCAUUGAGAAGGCUGUGGAGUUUCUGUCAAAUCAGGAGCAUUCCAGGAAGGCGGCGGCCACGAACAGCUUGAAAAUGUCACCCACGCGAGGAACGGCGUCAGUUCGCGGAGUCUGA